AUGCGAUCUCUCCGGAGGAGAUUUGUGAAGGUGCCCCGGUUGAUCUUCUGGCCCAUUUUUGUGACAGUCUUUCUGUUCCUUGUUGUCUCUUUUAGCUCCUUCUUCGGCUUUUCAGAAAAAUGUCUUCACAGGCCACUCAUUUAUUUGCAACAUGCCAAAGAAAUGCCAGAAAGAGACAUCCAACAGAGCAAGCUCCACACUGUGCCCACUGAAGGGGAUUCCUCGAGCCAGCUAAAUGUGAUACUGGGCACAGACAGCAAUAGGCUGGAGCAAGAUAUGGUUAAGAGAAUGGCGUCAGAUAAAGGAGAGGCCACGGAGGAGCAAGCAGAGGAUAAGAAUGUAAUAUCAGCAUCCAAUAAGAUGCAAACUCAGGAUAAGAGUGCCCCACCAGCACCCAAGGGGAAGGAAGCCAAUGCAAAGACCAUAGCCCAAGACCAAGCAAAACCAAAACCAAAAAAGGCCCCUGUGUCAACUAAGCCCGGUGCGCUGAGACCCACUACAAAAGGCAAGGUUCAUCCCAGCCUCCCGAUGCAGAACAUAGCCCCUCCCACAAUGCAGAAUGUCACGACUCAGGCUCCUACAGUGGCAGAAAAGAGAAGGCUGAGGAUUGCCGAUUUCAAGUCCGAGCCUCGGUGGGAUUUUGAGGACCGCUAUAUCUUGGACAGUUCAGCCCCACAGUCGCGCUGCCCCGAUGCCGUGAGGGCCAAAGCCACCAAGUCUGCCUGGCUGAGGGACCUUUUCCUGCCCAACAUCACGCUCUUCAUAGACAGGAGACACUUCAAUCACAACGAGUGGGAACGUCUGGAGCAUUUCAAACCACCGUUCGGCUUUAUGGAGAUGAAUUACUCAUUGGUGAAGGAGGUCAUAACGAUGCUGCCACCCAACCCCUACCAGCAGGUCCUCCUGGCCAACAACACCAGGCAGAGGCCGACCUGUAUCAGCUGUGCCGUGGUGGGGAAUGGUGGGAUAUUAAACAACUCUGGAAUGGGCCAGGAGAUCGACUCCCAUGACUACGUGUUCCGGGUGAGUGGGGCCGUGAUCAAAGGUUACGAAAAAGACGUGGGAACAAAAACGUCCUUCUAUGGAUUCACAGCCUUCUCCUUGGUGGCCUCUGUUGUGACGCUGGGGAGCAAAUUCAGCAAGAUCCCAAUGGGAAAAGAGAUCAAGUACCUUCACUUCCUGGAGGGCACGAGGGAUUUUGAGUGGCUGAAGGCUCUCCUGCUGAACAAGAACGUCAGGAAGGGAUUUUUGGAUGAGUAUGGACCCAGACCACGGGACAGAUUCAGUAAGGAUUUCAAUCUGGACAAUUAUCUGGUCAUUCACCCUGAUUUCCUCAGAUACAUGAAAAACAGGUUUCUGAGAUCCGAAAGUCUGGAUAAGUCCUACUGGGCACUAUACAGACCCACCACAGGGGCCUUCUUACUGCUGACUGCCCUCCAUCUCUGUGACCGGGUGAGCGCCUAUGGCUUCAUCACAGAUGGCUACCAGAAGUAUUCGGAUCACUAUUAUGACAAGGAGCGGAAACGUCUGAUCUUCUACACCAAUCAUGACUUCGAUCUGGAGCGAAGGGUGUGGAAAAAACUCCACGAUGCAAAUGUCAUGAAACUCUACCAGCGAUCCUGACCUGGGGCCAAAGGGACAUUGGUUGGAGAGUUUGACCCUCUCUGGCAAAAGGGUCAUAUGGGAAAGAAACUUGAAAGGCAGGGGUGCAUCCUGACUUCAAGUCAUAUUCUACUUCUUUUCAUGAAGGUAUGUUAAUUCUUUGGCACGGAAAUCUU